AUGUUGGCUCACGAAAUUAAAAAAAUCAACUAUUAUUCAAAUCUUAAAAAUUUCGAUCUAAUUUUGAUGGGAUUAUGUAUUCUUUUGUUCAUUGCGUGUAUAAUUAUUUAUACUAUUCUACUUCCAUUUUAUAUUUAUGCCAAUAAAGUAAACCACAAAAGAGAUAAAGAGAUUCUGAUCUACCCAAUUACAAAACACUUUUAUAAAAUGGUAAUACUAUCUUAUAUUUAUUUCAACAUGUAUUUUCGCAUUGUUUUACCAUUAUUUACCAUUAGUUUCGUAUGGGUUAUUCGUUUUUUAGUUUUUUUUAUAUAUUCACUCAACAUAAUUACUCAAGCCUUCCACGUGUUACUGUUUGUACUAGCAGUUGAACGGUUUUUUCUCUACUUUUUCCCAUCCAGUGAAAAACUAUUCAAAUCUUCGCGAAAUAAAAUCAAACACUUGUACUUUUUGAUAAUUGUAAAAGAAGUUUCAUGUGCCAUAUUCUCAUCUUGGAAGUACCAGACUGUUCAAAAUAUUAUAUUCUGGUUUAAUUUUUUCCUUUGCAUAACGUGCUCUAUCAAUGAUGUUCUUGUAUUUUUCUCAGCCAUUUUAUAUAUUCCAAUCGUACUAAGUAUUCGAAAGUUGGUGAAUUUACAGUCAGCUCAACGUUCCAAGCCGCAUAAAUAUAUUUUCUUGCAAACAAUGAUGGUUUUCACAUUUAAAUCGAUUCAAGUUCUCGUAUACCUCAUGACAAAUCAUAAUGGUAUUUCCUUACAAAGUUUAUUCAUUUGUGCUAUAACAGUGUCAGACAUUAUCACCACACCGUUAAUUGUCCAAAUGUCAUACCUGUCAUGCAAUAAGAGGAACAUGAAGCUUUUGCUUUCCUCCAUCAGUGCUCGAAAGUUGUUUAAUGUUCUGCUCAAUCUCAGAACGGGAGCCACCGUGCUUCCACGUUCAUCAACAAAUUACUCUACACACAUCUAAAC